AUGAGGAGGUGGGUGGUGUCGGCGCGCCCCCAGAGCACAGCCCUCCCGGGGGCCCGCUCCUGCGCCCCGCUCCCAUUCCUCCAGAUGGCGUCCCUCCUUCACAGAGACAGAUGCCCAGGGCAGCGGCACAGCGCUCGGUCAGUGGGCCUCACUCUGCCCCAGGCGCUGCAGCGCGUGUCGUCUGAAGGACGGGCAAUGGCCCGUGCCCUGUGCUGCUGCCGCCUGUGGACACAGCCGCUUCCAGCCACCCGCCUCAGGCCUGAGCCCGAGGCUGCCCCUCCCGCCCAGGCCUUGCCUCCGCCCCCGCUGCGUCCCUCGGUGGCUCCCACCCUCGCAAGCCUGGCACAACCAGCGGCCCGCUUCUCUCUGCAGCGGCCUUCCAGUCUCCCCUGA